UCCGAAACGCGCCGAUUGGCUGCGUCAGUGCGAACUGUUUUGUUGAUAAAUAACUUUGAUGGAUUGAUUAUUUUUCAAGAGGAUCGUCGAACUCUGCACGUCCUGCAAACAGUAUCGGUAAAAUUGCGCUUAAACAGCAGAAUGUAAACAGGGUAACAUGUUUGGUGACUACAACUGAAGAGUUCAAAUGUGUUCGGAUAGCAAAAGUUGUUGAAUCUGUCAGCCUACAUGUCGGAAAGGCCUCUCGAUGCAUUAUGACAUGGUAUUUUAGCGUUUCAAAUGUGCGCACUUACGUCUAGGCGAUUACGACAGACUGCAUUGUUCGUAGUGUUUAAAUGGUCAUGCACGCUGUUGACUUUGCCCAGGGUUGGAACUGUUUUGUAAGGUGCUGUCACCCGAACUUGAAAAGUAAGGAAGGAGCACGUCAAUACCAUAUUGCAACAGUAACAUUUCCUGUGACUGAGGAAUGACUGAGUUUUUAAAUAUUUACACCACCUUUAUACUGCAGUUUAGAAGCAAGAAGGGAGGUGGCGCGUCUAGACCUCACAAAAUUGUGCAUGUGCUCUGCUCUGUAAAACAUUUUUUUUUUUUUACAUCCGGCCUAGUAAUAGGCUUACUUAAAACUGAAGUGCUGAAUGCUCCAGGUUUUUGCUUGUCUUAUAGUUUCACACAAUUGCCAUGAGUCUUUCUCCACCUCAGAGAGGAACCAUAAACCGUAUUAGCAAGCAGAAUGUUGAAGCCAUUGGGGAAACAAUGCAGCAUUCAGGGGAUCUCUUCUACAAUGUGGGCACUCCGUCCUUGGAGCAAACUCACAGCAGCCCAGAGGUUUUGAUGGAUUCAAGCCCUGAAGUCCAGGGCGUUUACAAAUCUGAUAAAGCAUAUCAGGUCCAGGGCCAUCUUCAGCAAUCGGGACCAGUAAAGUGGAUGCCUCAAAACACAAUGCAGACCGCGGCUUGGUUUCAGGGCGUCCCGAACCUGAACAAGUGGUCACAGAACUUUGGCCCUUCUCUAGGUGGUAUAGAUGACCCAAGAGGCUUUCACAAAAGUCAUGAAAUGGAGGCUGUAAAGUUGGAGAAGCAUUCACCUAGUUCAUCACAGUCCUACACGGACACCGUUCACGUUCCUGGGGCAGAUUGGGACCAUCACACGAUGGCUGCCAUGCAUCAUGCUCAAUUUCAGGCGCUCCAACAAAGUCACAGACCUGCAGACCUCCAGUAUCAGCCUCAGGGAAUGCAUCACGAUGUGUCCGACUCCACUCUGCAACCCUUCCAGUUGGCAUUCGGACCUACCAAGCAACCACAGGCACCUGGUUUCCAACAAGUCUUCCAAGGCAACAAUGCGCCUUUAAAUAUGAAUUAUAACGAGAAGCCGAAAUCACAACAGCAACUCUUGCAGUUGCAACAGCAGCAGCUGCAUCGUCAGCACCAGAUGCAACAGCUGCAGCAAAUGCAUCAGUUGCAGAAGCAGCAGCAACAACAACAACAGCAGCAUCAGUUGCAACAGCAGCAACGGCUGCAGCAAAUGCAACAGCAAUACCAACAGCAGAAACAUCUGCAACAGAUGCAGCAGAUGCAGCAGCAACUGCAACAACAUGAAGGUUUUCAACAACUAGAGACUAUAGAAAAGCAGAGAGUCAAACAAGACAUUGAGUCACAAGAUCUUGCCAGCGCUCAGGUAAAAACAGAACUGAGCCAGACCCAGCUCAUGGUCCCUCAGUCACAACAUCCUGUUCCUCAGGGAGCAAAUUAUCAGGAAUCUGGAUCUGCAGAGGCCACUCCAGAACUCCAGGAGACCCAAACCAAACGUCAGGUCCUCCCUCGCCGCUCUCGACGGCUCUCCAAAGAUGGAGUCUCUCCUCAAGGCAACCAGACAUCCAAUGACAAGGUUUCUGCCCAGAAUGGAGGAGUUGGUGGAGUGCAAGGACCUGCAGUAGGGGUCAUCCAAAGCACUCCGAGACGACGGAGGGCCUCAAAGGAGAUCAACCUUGAGACUCUUGCUCAAAAGGCUUCAGAGAUGGAAUUUUUGCCAGCAAAGUGUGAGGACGUUACCUCUGGUAGACCAGCUGGUAUGGCACCACUAGUCAUCCCAGUCUCGGUCCCAGUUCGGAGAGGGCAAACUCAAAUGGAAGCGCCGGGCAGCUGGACACAGCUGGAUAAAGUUCGACAUCCCUCAGAGAUUUCACAUCAACAGAGCCAGCCUGAUUGUAAACCCUCUGUUAUUGUAGCACGCCGGCACUCAAUAAAGAACUCAGCAGCCGAGAGCUUCAUCCAGGGUAAAGGGCAAGAAGACAAAUCCAAGCGGCGUCCACGUCCCGAGCCUCUGGUCAUACCUCAACCGUGCCCUUUCAUCACCCCUUCUGUUUACUCCAGCAUCACUCCCUACCAGAGCAAUCUGCGCUCCCCAGUACGCCUGCUGGACCAUGCCAGGAUCAUCCCGCCGUACACCCCUCCACCCAUUCUUUCACCUGUGCGUGAAGGCUCUGGGCUGUACUUCUCGGCUGUCCUCUCUUCUAUGGCAGCAGGCAGCCAGAUCCUGCCACCUCCAUCAACACCCCGCAGUGCCGCUCGAAGCUUGCUACGUUCAAGCAGUUCUGAAAUCACCCCUCCUGCACUGUCAGUGAUUGGAGAAGCAGCGCCUGUCAGCCUAGAACCGCGCAUAAACAUCGGCUCUCAGUAUCAGGCAGAAAUUCCAGAACUAUUGGAUCGAACACUGGCCCUAAAGGACCAGCAUAAAGCCACUUUAGUCUGGCUUCCUAAUUCAGAGGCUGAUUCUACGCCCUCCCAGGAUAUGAGACUUGAUGAUCUGAUGAACCUGGUCUGCUCCAGUGUCAUGUAUGGAGGAGGAACCAACCCAGAGCUAGCGAUGCACUGCCUGCACGAGUGCAGAGGGGAUAUCAUGGAAGCCCUGGAAAUGAUGUUGAUGAAGAAUCCCAUCUUCUCCAAGAACCACCAUCUGGCGAACUACCACUACGCAGGAUCAGACUACUGGACUGUGGAUGACAAACAAUACUUCAACAAGGGAAUUUCUGCUUACAGGAAAGAUUUCUUCUUGGUGCAAAAACUGGUGAGGAGUAAAACAGUGGCACAGUGUGUGGAGUUCUACUACACCUAUAAGAAACAAGUAAAGGUUGGCCGUAGUGGCACAUAUACAUAUGGACCUUCAGACCCAGAGGAUAACAUCUCUGUGAUUCAUGUGAAACAAGCAGAGGAAGAAAAUAAUAGUAGACAACAGGAGGGAACACAAGACAAUGUGGAUGGCAGUCUACAAGAUGUGACCAAGGCACUUCAGGACAAUGAAAAUGAGAGGGCAGCAGUGGCUCAUGAGGAGCAGAAGAACAGCUCUGUGGAAGUGCCUUCUGGCCUGAUGCCAGCGGCUCAGCCCCCCUUCAAAACUCCUUCCCCUGCACCUCCAAAGCCUGACAAUACCGGGAAGAAAAACAGGGCCUCAACUGGCAACAAAAGUCAGGGAGAGCCGGAGGGUGUUUUCCCUUGCAAGAAGUGCAGUAGGGUGUUCUAUAAGGUGAAGAGUCGCAGUGCUCACAUGAAGAGUCACGCCGAGCAGGAGAGGAAGGCAGCAGCACAGUGCCAAAGAGAAGAGGAGGAGCGGGCCGCUAAAGCAAGGCAGGAGAUGCUCGAGGCAGCAAGGAGGAAGGAGGCACAAAGAGGAGGACAAGAAGAGAGUAGUGGAGCUGAGGAAAGCUCAGUAGAGCUGGAUGAUAAGCAGGAUGAGGACUGGCAUUGAGCAAGUACAUGACUCUUUUAGUACUCUUCUUUAGUACCAGUUUGUACCAAAAAUUAGCAACUUGUGCAUCCCAGUUAAGGGCAGUUGGGAUGUUUGAAAUUAUAAAAUGCCUUUUAAUUUUUACCAAAAUUUUAUAAGAACUUUCCUUUGGUAUAUAUUUUUUAUAUAUGAAUAUAUGACACAUGAUAAAUAUGACAACACAUGUAAAAAAGGUUUGCUGAGCUGAUUGCUGAGCUUUUCUAGAAGCGUACACCCAUUCAGUUAGAUUUUGAUCAAAGUACCCGAACAAAUUUUGAUUGCCUUCAGUGAGAUUGAAUUUUUUUAUUUAUUUAUUUUUUUACAUGGGUUUAUGUAAUAUACAUCAUAUGUACGUAAGAACACAAACUAAAAUUCCCCUCAUCUAUCUAUGGAUAAUUUCAACUAAAUAUUUCUUGUGCAUGAAAUGUAUAUAAUGCAUAGAAAUAUAUAUGUUGACCUUUGUGUAUUAUAUUGUGUACAAUAUUGAUCCUGUUGUAUUUUUUUUUUCUUUCUGUACUCUAAACGUAAACGAAUGUUUAUUUAUGUUUUGAAUGCACUUAAAGAGGAGUGGAAUAUGUAGGAUUAAGGGAUUUUUAUAAAAACUCGCAUGUAAAUAAAAUCUGAAGUUUAGAAAAUCACAACAAAAACAUUUUGAACACAGCCAAUUUCAUCACAUUUUUCACACUUUGUUGACUAUUUGCUAUAUUUCAUAAAUGUGUGCACUAUAAAA